AUGCCGGUAUUUAAACCUUUUCAAGGCGUCAUCCAAGAAUUUAUAAACUCAAUAGAGCCAGUUAACGCUACACCAGAAGAUUCAAAAUUAGAAAUUCAGCAUAAGGAAGUUCACUAUGCAGAGAGCAAAAAUAUAGUUUUGCCAAGCAACUGCGUUCGCAAAGAUUACGAAUCUUAUGUCGAAAUAUGCAUUCCUGUUUCUGAAAAUACAAACGAUAAGCAGAAGAGUUUUAUCAAAGCCCUAAACGUGUUUGAUGUGUUGCCUAGCUUUGCACAUGUAUAUUUCGAGAAACGCAGCAUUAAAUAUCUAAACUUAGUUCAAUCGACAGUUUUCGACACCAUAUUCAAAACUAGCUUGAAUAGCUUAAUCUGUGCUCCUACAGGUUCUGGAAAAACUUUAAUUGCUUUACUAGCAAUACUUCAAGUAAUUUCUAAGCAUUACAAUGAAGCUGAUAAAAUACUUGGCACUGAUCAGUUUAAAAUAAUAUAUAUCUCUCCAAUGAAAGCCUUAGUUGCUGAACAGAUCAGAUAUUUCCAAAAUUUGUUUGACAUUCUGUUCGAAAGCUCUAAAGGUGCCAUCAAUUUAAACGUCUGUGAGAUGACCGGAGAUUUUUCAGUGGCAGAGUCUAGUUUACAUAAUUAUCAACUUUUGAUUUGCACACCAGAAAAGUUCGAUAUUAUGAUGCACAACUCUAACGAAAGAAUGUCCAUGGCCUUAAUUCAAUUAAUAAUUUUCGACGAACUUCAUUUACUACAUAGUCCCAGAGGGCCAGUCUUAGAAAGUAUUAUUACUAAGUUCAUUUUUCAAAAGAAGCCCGUACGACUUAUUGGUUUGUCUGCUACGCUGAAAAACUACGACAUUGUUUCGAAUUUCCUUGGUAUUAGUAAACAAAAAUUAAACGACUCCAUUAAUAUUCGACCAGGCCUUUUUGUGUUUGGCGACAAUUUCAGACCGGUUCCAUUAAACAAAAAACUUAUUUGUUACAAUGACGAUAAGGAUGAAUUUGAUCUGUUUCUGAACACAGUACUAACAUACGUCAAAACUAGAAAGCAAAUAAUUGUUUUUACGCACAGCCGCGCUAGUACAUCUGAAAGUGCAAGCGCAUUAUAUGAGAACUUAGUUAAAUCAGGAAGAAUCUUAGAUUUUUUUAAUGGAAAAAUUGAGAACAAUCCUUUCAGUGAGUUUCUAACCGAAAAAAGCGCCAAUUUCGAAGACAACACAUUGAAAGUGUUGGUUAAAUACGCUAUUGCAUUUCACCACGCGGGUUUGUCGAGAAACGAUCGUGACCUCAUCGAAUCAAUGUUCUUUCAAGGCCACAUCAAACUAAUUUGUUGUACAAGUACUUUAGCUUGGGGAGUUAAUUUGCCCGCUCACACUGUUAUCAUUAAGGGUUUGGAGUACUACAAUUCAGACCAAAAAAAAAUUGUUGAAUUAAACGACCUCGACAUACUCCAAAUGUUUGGAAGAGCUGGCAGGCCGCCUUUUGAUAAAACGGGAAACGGAGUCGUCUUAGCUUCUAAGAAGUACUUGUAUAAGUUAGUUAGUUUAUUACUGAGGCAGAAUGACAUAUUGUCUAAAAUUAAUCAAUUUCUUGAAAUGCACUUAUUAUUAUCAGUGUCUACUAGAGUUUCCAGAGCAUUAUGA